AUGAUGUACGCCAUAUUCUCGCAGGGCAAAUCGGGACUUGGCUCCAUCCUGCUCCUGCUCUUCACUGCCGCCCUGGCGAUCUUCAUCACGGUGUACUACCACUAUUUGCAAGACCCGGCCUUUCUCCAAAACACCUUCGCGGCGCUGACAGCAUUCGUCGUUGCUAAGAGUAUAUACGCCAUGGAAACCACGCUUCGGCCAGCAUUGCAGCCAAAAAGACGUCCAGAUGGCAACGUUGCACCAGCCAGUGUUUUAGAAGAGGAGGCGAGGAGAGAUGCUCGGGAUACGGCGAUUCUGCGCACGAUGUGGAAGAUGAUUGCUUGUGGAUUGACUUGUGUAACAAGCGGAUUUCUGAUUUGGACUAUGGAUAACGAAUACUGCUCGACGUUUCGAAGGUGGCGGGCGGAGAUAGGCUUACCGUGGGGGAUGUUGCUGGAGGGCCAUGGAUGGUGGCAUGUCGUGUCGGGAAUUGCGGCGUAUUUUAACCUGACCUGGGCUAUUUGGCUGAGGUAUUGUUUUAAUGGCGAGCAGGAUGAUGUGGAAUUGUCUUGGCCAUCAGUCUUUGGCUCUGUACCUGCGGUGGUGAGGAGAGAGGGCAAGAAGCGUUCUGAAAAGGGGUCGUAG